AACAAAUACAAGCUUCUUGUCAAGCUCUUUACAACAAAGAAGUCUGUCAAAGUCUGUUGCUUGAUAAAAGAAAUCAAUUUAUAUCGAAAGUUGAACAGAGCUCUUGCACGCGCAUUUUCUGGGGGAGUUCCUUAUAUCGUUUACAGAGGUAUGGCACAGCUUUUGGAAGAGAGCCAUUCUUCAGAUUUUGGUAUUAUUAUCACUGGAGGAGCCUAUAAAAGGUAUAGACAUGUUACAUCAAAAAGGGAUGAGUAUAUCAACACAAUAAAAGAGGCAGCCAAAGCAGGUUAUCGUAUAUUAAAGAAUGGUGGCACUGCUGUUGAAGCUGUUGAAAAGUCUGUUAGUAUUUUAGAGGAUUGUGAGUUAUUCAAGGCAGGUCGUGGAUCGGAAUUGACCGACAAAGGUGAAGUUGAAUGUGAUGCUAUGAUUAUGGACGGACACAACUUAGAAACAGGUGCAGUAAUCUCGGGUCGACAUUUCAAAAAUCCAAUUUGUCUUUCACGAAAAAUUAUGGAAGAAUCACCACAUUGUGCAUUUAGUGGUGAUGGUGCGUUGGAUUAUGCUAAGAGUAUUGGUUUUCCUUAUUGCGACCCGAAGGAAUUGAUAACAAAAGAACAGAUUGAAGAAUGGGAGCUUCAUUAUGACGAAGAACAUUUUACUGAUAGCGAUACUGCAUGUGCUGUUGCAAUUGAUAAAAAUGACAACUUGGCGUGUGCCUUAUCAACAGGAGGUAUAGGCGGGAAACUCAAAGGUCGUGUUGGUGAUGCUGCAUUAGUUGGUUGUGGUGGAUAUGCAAAUAAAAAAGGAGCAGCUGUAACAUUUGGUCGCGGAGAGAAGCUGAUAAAAUUAACUCUAGCACGUCAAGUUGUCUUUGAAAUGGAAAAUGGAAAAAGUGCACAGGAAGCGACAGACAAAGCCAUAAUGUUACUGAAAGAUGAGCAGGACGGUUUAGGAGGAGCCAUCGCGAUUGACAAAAAUGGAAAUUUUGGAAAAGCAUUUUCUACUAACCUAAAGGCUUGGGUUGGCAUCCAAGAUAAAAGGUUGAUGGGUGAAUUUGAUAAAAAUGAUGACGAAGGAAAUGUAAAUUUAAAGUUUAACGAAAGAAUUUGAAUUGUUAAAAAACA